CCUUCCAGCUGCGCUGUGGCUCUGGGGUCGACUCACUAACAGAAAUGAGUGGAAAUGAGUACCAGGAAUCCUCUUGGGAGUAAAUGGCGGUCUGCACAUAAAGCCAAAAGUCUCAACCAUCUGUGAGCCUAUUGUCUAAAAAAUGUGAGAACCUUGACGUAUCACAAUCCCUGUGGUCAUCCACGGCCUGUUACAGGGAUAGCUUUACCUUAUUGGCCUACUCCAUCACAGCUCAUAGUACCGUGGUGCCAUGACUCUUAGCAAUGGUGGCAGUGGCAGUCAUACCGAGGAGGUUAACAGGAGUGUUGACACGUCUGGUCUCUAUUCCAGUCUCGGCCGGGAUUCUAGUCUUUUUUCUGUUCUUCCAGAGAUGGAACGCUGGUCAGGUAAAGUAGCCAUAGUGACUGGUGCCAGUGCCGGGAUUGGGGCUGCAAUCUCUCAGAGUUUGGUUAAACAUGGUCUACAAGUGGUUGGUAUAGCUAGACGCAGCCGCAGACUGGAGGAAUUUUCUGCUGAAUUGAGUACCGCACCAGGCAAGCUACAUCCGCUAAAAUGUGACAUUACAAAGGAGAAUGACAUCAUAUCUUCCUUUGCCUGGGUCAAAGAAAAUCUUGGAGGUGUAGAUAUUCUCAUCAACAAUGCUGGCGUCUUCAAUGAAAUUCUAUUGCACGACUUCAGAACAGAAGAAUGGUUGCAAAUGUUGAAUGUAAACAUUGUGGGAUUGACUCUCUGCACCAGGGAAGCUGUAAGAUCGAUGAGAGAACGUGGCGUCAACGAAGGCCAUAUAGUGUACAUAAGCAGCUUUCUGGGACGCACUAUAUCAAAUAAUCCUGGAUUCAACAUGUAUGCAGCUACGAAACACACAGUUACCACUUUGGCAGAAAGCCUCAGAAGAGAAUUAGUACAACUGGAAGCACAAAUUAAGGUUUCUAAUAUCAGUCCAGGAAUUGUCAGGACAGAGAUGCUGUCUUCUGGUAUUACGAGGACCAUAGGCCCUGACAUAUAUGAUAAAGUGGCCUGUUUAGAUCCUAAAGAUGUUUCGGAUGCUGUUAUCUAUGUCCUUGGAACACCCCCGCAUAUCCAGAUACAAGAACUGACUCUCCUGGCAGUAGGACAAGAAUCGUAAAGUCUUUCAAAAUAGAAGUGGUUCUCCGUGCUCUUGGCAACGCUUACCUUUACUAUGUACCUACCUGAGGGGCAACCCAAAGUGAAUGAUGGGAAGGACGCCCAUCGACGUGCACUGGGUAAGUCUGCCCUUAUAUUUUCUUAGACUUAGUAAAUUCCACAAGAGAAAUACUGAAAUGCAAGGCAUAUGUAGAAUUAAUUAAAUGUGAGGAUAUAAAUUUUUGACAGAAACAAAUAUCUCUCAGUCUUUAAUAAUUUCCAAAAUAUUGUGAUGUGUUAUAUGUCGUCCAUCACCAAGCAACGGCUGAAGUGGGGGCCUGGCAGUUGGCAGUGGGUUUCCAUGGUUGCAGUGAGUGCGUGGAGCUGUGGGCUGUUGCCUGGGAGUGCCUGGGACAACAAACGUGUUUCCUCGGAGAUGAAAGGAAACAAAUUGUUUGAAGCAUUGAAUGACAACAGAAGGUUCAAUGAGUAGCAACAGCCGAGGUUAUAAAAGCCCACCUUCGAAAAGAGACCAGUCACCCCGUGUGGAGGCAGGGUCGAAUACCUCCACUGUGACCCUGCAAGUUGUAGGAGGCAAUGAAAAGGGAAG